CUCUCCCCUCUCCCUCUCCCUCUCUAUAGCUUCAAUUACACCCUUUUCUUUGUUCUGUCAAGAUGUUCUCCCCGAGGACAGUACAGCCCGCUCAGUCGCUCUUCCGACGCGCUGCCGUCCAGACUCCUCUCCGUUCCUCCAUCCCCGCCAGAACAUUUGCAACCGUUCAGCAGGACAUUUUCAAGCCCACUAAGUAUGGUGGUAAAUACACUGUGACGCUCAUUCCAGGUGAUGGAAUUGGUGCUGAGGUUGCUGAGUCCGUGAAGACCAUCUUCAAGGCCGACAAUGUGCCCAUUGAGUGGGAACAGGUAGAUGUGAGCGGUGUGGACACCGGUAACAAGCACUCUGAAGAGCUCUUCAAGGAAUCGAUUGCCUCCCUGCGUCGCAACAAGCUCGGCCUCAAGGGUAUUCUCUUCACCCCCGUUGAGCGCUCCGGCCACCAGUCCUUCAACGUGGCUCUCCGACAGGAGCUCGAUAUCUUCGCCUCUGUUGUCCUCAUUAAGAAUAUUCCUGGCUACAAGACCCGCCACGAGAAUGUCGACCUGUGCAUCAUCCGUGAGAAUACCGAGGGUGAAUACUCUGGCCUGGAGCACCAGUCCGUCCAGGGUGUUGUUGAGUCGCUCAAGAUCAUCACCCGCGCCAAGUCCGAGCGCAUUGCCAAGUUCGCUUUCAGCUUUGCCCUCGCCAACAACCGCAAGAAGGUUACCUGCAUUCACAAGGCCAACAUCAUGAAGCUUGCCGAUGGUCUGUUCCGCAGCACCUUCCACAAGACCGCCGAGAACUACCCUACUCUCGAGGUCAACGACAUGAUUGUCGACAACGCCUCCAUGCAGGCUGUCUCCCGCCCCCAGCAGUUUGACGUGAUGGUCAUGCCCAACCUGUACGGUGGCAUUCUCUCCAACAUUGGCGCUGCCCUUGUUGGUGGACCUGGCGUCGUUCCUGGCUGCAACAUGGGACGCGACGUCGCCGUGUUCGAGCCUGGCUGCCGUCACGUUGGACUUGAUAUCAAAGGAAAGGACCAGGCCAACCCCAGCGCCAUGAUUCUCUCUGGAUCCAUGCUUCUCCGCCACCUUGGCCUGGAUGACCAUGCCAACCGCAUCUCCAAGGCUGUUUAUGAUGUUAUUGGUGAAGGUCAAAUAAGGACCCGUGACAUGGGCGGAGUGGCCACUACCCACGAGUUCACCCGGGCUGUCCUCGACAAGAUGGAGGCUGCUCUAUAAAUUUCGUUUUCUGACGAGGCUGGUGAUGGAAUCCGAUCUCGGGCUGAUGAUGAGAGGUUUGUAUAGUCCGUAGGUGAUGUUGUAGAUCAUCAUCUUGGCUUUUUGUGAAUUUUGUUGUUACCCAUGUUCUGUAUUACUUCUACCCCAAAUGACACGAGAGGCGUCCUGCGCUGUCGAGAGUGAUAGACAAAUCGGUGGACUAGAAUGUGUAAAACUAUAUACAUGUGUUUUGGAAUAGAAGCAUGUCAAUGCGCCAUAAAUAGGUAUCGUUUAAAUAUAUCAUCAUAAAGAACCAUUUUC